CUAUCAGCAUAUACUCCACUCCCUCCACUCCACUCCACUCCACUGGCCUAGUUUAGUUUCGUCAGUCUGAGACUACGAAGAACAAACGCAGCAACAAAACGACAGACCAAUCCUCUCCCUAACAGAACGCAUUGUAUUAUAAGUAACUGGAGAGAGGAAAGAGCGGCUGGAUAUUUUCGUUGUUGAAAUGAGUCCGGAGAGAAUCCAAGGCGGAUGUGUUGCGGUUCCUUCAAUUUCUCAUUUAUCGUCCUUCUCCAAAUGCAAUCAUUCUCACUCUUCGCUUUCAGAUGAUUCAACUUGUGGCACACCAGUAUGGAGGGGGAAAGCCCUCACUUGCGUUUGCUUUAAGGGAAAGGGAAGCCAUGCACGGGUUUGCGUUAAUUUGACACCCCUACAGGAGGAGAGGCUAAAAAGGUUAAGACACCGGACUAAAGUUCAAUUUGAUGCAUCCAGACCAGAGCAUCAGGAAGCUUUGAGGGCCUUAUGGUAUGCCACAUAUCCCGACCAGGAGCUACAAUGUUUGGUAUCUGAUCAGUGGAAACAAAUGGGAUGGCAGGGAAAAGAUCCCUCCACAGACUUCAGAGGAGCAGGUUUCAUUUCUUUGGAGAACUUGCUUUUUUUCGCCAAGACAUUUUCGUUAUCUUUUCAGGGCCUCUUGAGGAAGCAAGAAGGCAAAAGGGCAAUUUGGGAAUAUCCAUUUGCUGUUGCUGGUGUAAAUAUUACAUUUAUGAUCAUGCAAAUGCUUGAUCUAGAUGCCACAAAACCCAGAACAUUUAUAAGAGCAGUUUUUCUGCAAAUGUUGUCAGAGAAUGAAUGGGCUUUCGACCUUCUUUACUGCGUGGCUUUCAUGAUAAUGGACAAGCUUUGGCUGGAGAAAAAUGCGACAUACAUGGAGUUCAAUGAUAUUUUGAAGUCUACACGGUCUCAACUGGAGAAGGAACUUCUAAUGGAAGAUGUGUUACGGAUUGAGGACAUGCCUUCUUACAGCCUUUUGUAUUAAUGAUACUUGACCAUUAACACUGCUAAUAGAAGCAUACUACUUGGAGUACUUAAUAUAUUUAGGUUCUUGCAGCUUGGCUGAGCUUUAUAUUUUCCUUAUUCAUCUUUUGUUAAAUGUAGCAUCAACACUAGUCACUUUUCAGUCUGGAGCCAACUCACAGUGCUGAUUUACACCAUUCCUUUUGUUUCGUGCUGUAAAAUGCCCCUGGGAGCACAAUAACGCAUCCUCUAUGUACAAGAUAAGCUUUGAAUUUGAAUUAUUUAAUCGAACAACCUAAAUAAACUUGGUUGUGGA